CCCCCCCCAGUGAAGUUCAGUCGGUGCGCAUGUGCGCCCACCUGGUGGAGGCCUGUGGUGACUUCUCCAGAUGCUGAGGCUCCUGUGUCCCUGGACCAGGCCGGGGCCGAGCGCCGGAGGAGGGAGGAGGCUGCGUCUCCUGAAGCGCUGUCUGUUUACCAUGAAGGUGCAGUCUCCAGAAUUCCAGUCCCUUUUCACCGAAGGACUGAAGAGUCUGACAGAAUUAUUUGUGAAAGAGAAUCAUGAGUUGAGAAUAGCAGGAGGAGCUGUGAGGGAUUUGCUGAAUGGGGUGAAACCUCAAGACAUAGAUUUUGCUACCACCGCCACCCCUACCCAAAUGAAGGAGAUGUUUCAGUCAUCUGGCAUUCGGAUGAUCAAUAACAAGGGGGAGAAGCAUGGAACAAUCACAGCCAGGCUUCAUGAAGAAAAUUUUGAAAUUACCACACUAAGGAUCGAUGUCACAACUGAUGGCAGACACGCUGAGGUAGAAUUCACAACUGAUUGGCAGAAAGAUGCCGAACGCAGAGACCUCACUAUAAACUCCAUGUUUCUAGGUUUUGAUGGUACUUUAUUCGAUUACUUUAAUGGCUAUGAAGAUUUAAAAAAUAAGAAAGUUAAAUUUGUUGGACACGCACAUCAGAGAAUAGAAGAAGAUUAUCUUCGGAUUUUAAGAUACUUCAGGUUUUAUGGCAGAAUUGUGGACAAACCUGGUGACCAUGACCCUGAGACUUUGGAAGCAAUUGCUGAAAAUGCAAAAGGCUUAGCUGGAAUAUCAGGAGAGAGGAUUUGGGUAGAACUGAAAAAAAUUCUUGUUGGUAACCACGUCAACCACUUAAUUCACCUGAUCUACGAUCUUGAUGUAGCACCUCAUAUAGGUUUGCCUACAACUGCAAGUCUAGAAGAAUUUAAUAAAGUCAGUAAAAAUGUUGAAGGUUGCUCAGCAAAGCCUAUGACUAUCUUGGCCUCACUGCUCAAAGUACAAGAUGAUGUCACAAAAUUGGAUUUGAGGUUGAAGAUUUCAAAAGAAGAGAAAAACCUUGGCUUAUUUAUAGUUAAAAAUAGGAAAGACUUAGUUAAAGCAACAGAUAGUUCAGAACCAUUGAAACCCUAUCAAGACUUCAUUAUAGAUUCCAGAGAGCCGGAUGCAAGUGCCCGAGUGUGUGAGCUGCUGAAGUACCAGGGUGAACAUGGUCUCCUCAAGGAGAUGGAGCAGUGGUCCGUGCCCCCCUUCCCCGUGAGUGGACACGACAUUAGGAAAGUGGGCAUUUCUUCCGGGAAGGAAAUCGGUGCUCUGUUACAGCAACUACGUGAACAGUGGAAAAAAAGUGGCUACCAGAUGGAAAAGGAGGAACUCCUAAGUUACAUAAAGAAGUCCUAGAGUGAGAUCUGGGUACUAAAAGAAGGACAGACAUUUGGUAAGACUGGUGAUCUUUCCCUGGCUAUGAGAUGUAAGACACUACAGCAGAGUUAAGAGAGAAUCUGUUAAGAAAAAUUUCCUCACUUUGUGAAACUAUUUCAGAUACUGACUGAAAUGAAGUCUUACCUCCUCAAUCCGAUUCUUACCACUGGAUCCUAGAAUUCUUUUGGAGUAGAUUUUGGAGUAGUUGGCUUGCCUAUUCAUGUUUGUCACUGAUACAUUUCAGUCCUUACCUGAAUUCCAAAAUUAACUUGUGCCUAUAAUACUUGACAAACCUGCCUAUCUAAAAUUAACACCAGUAAUUUUCAAGGUGGCAGCUAUCCAUAGUGGAUUUGUUCCAGCAACCUAUGUUUUGGUAUGGAACUGCUUUUUGUCUGUCAUAAUGAUUUCUUAAGUGUGUGAAGCUUGGAGAAGUAAUUUUGAACAGUCUUGGGUCUAUUAUUUUAGUAAGAUAUUACCCUUGGUUUUGGAAGGUAAAUGGGUUUAUGUAUAUCAGGUUUUAACUAUACAGUGAUAAUGCUCUUGUUUUGUUUUUAAGUAAGCAUUAUUUACUUUUACUAAUUAAAAGAAUACAGCUUGUACACAUUUGUUCCCUAGAGAUUUGGUUGCAUUCCAGCUGCUAUAUUCUGAACAUCUUUAACAUUAAUUUUUCCUUUCUGUGUGGCCAGUCAUAAUAUUUUGUACUGUAGAAGAGAAAUCUUUGGAAUGCAUAAUACUUUCAUUAAAUGCAUACACUUUUAACGAGCUAUACUAGUAUAUGAGCCAGGUCAUAUAAAAAAUACAAUGCAACAUAAAAUACCUGGAGACAUUCAAGCACCACUAGAAUAUUCUAUAUGCUGCGGGUGUAUAAAAUAUAGGCAGUACCAUGAGUCUGAGAUGCUAUGUUUGAGGAGCAAAAGGGAGAGGCACUUUUCCCUCACUGCAUGUGUUUCGACUUUUGUCUGCAGAGAUGCAGUGUCCUACUAGAUAUCCCAGAGAAUACAGAGAGAGAGAGCAAGACAGUAUGUGCGUGCGCGCGCGCGCACAGGCAUACAUUGUGUCCAUGUGCCAGUUGUGGGGCUUGAACUCAAGUCCUCUUGCUCUCACUUGUUUUUUCAGCUCAAGGCUGUCAGCCUCCCCUUUGAGCUGCACUGCCACUUCCUGCUUUUUGCUGAUUACAUAGAGAUAGGAGUCUUACAUAUUGGUCUGCCUCCGCUGGCUUUGAAGCCCAAUUCUCAGAUCCUACUGCAUGCAGAGCUUGGAUAGACUAAAUCCUGAGUGCAGUGCAAAUGAAGUUUAUUUUCAUUUACUGACACAAAAUUUAACAGUCCAUUUUUGGCCUCGGUAUUAGAAAUUGGUUAGACGUUUGACCUGAUUAGUUUUAGUUAUAUAAAUCAGUGAAGGAGAUCAGUGAAGGAGACCAAAGUUGCACAGCUGUAAAAGGAUUCAAUAACCCUUUAAACAUACAUAUAAGCAAAGAGGUAGGUAGCACAGCUUAUAAUUUUAUCUUUGUUAUUUCUUAUACCUCCAUUAUUCGAUUGUGAAUAGGUUACAUUAUUUAAAUAAGGAACACUAAAUUUAGUUUGGGUCAGUUUACGUACACAUUUUCUUUCAUUUACAUCCACUGAAAUAGAUUGCAAAAUACAGUGUUAUUUCUACCCCACAGUGGUUUAAAUUAAACGUUUUAGAACUAGUG